UUACCAUUCGCGUCGGGUGUCGGCGGCGAGCGCACGUCGUUGUGCGUCGCGCGCGCUCUCUCGGCCUCUAACUCGCUCACUACAAAACUGUGGUUAUCGCGACCACUCGCAUUGCUGCCACAAACCAACCGUGAAUUUGUUUUAAAACCAUAUAAUCAUCGAAACAAUCCGUGUAUGAUAUUUGUUGAAUAGUGAACCAGUGAUGAAACAGCCGCAAUUCCAGUGAAAUGAGACGUUGAUAAACAGCGAUAAUGUCCAGUUAUUUUAAUUUUAUGAAUUUUACCGUUCGUGGAAUUCGUCAGUGAUACUACUCAGGAAAAUUAAGUUUUAAAGGGGGAGAGAUGUACGCGACGUCUACGGCGUCGACGACGUCGGGGUCGGGUCGCGUUGGCAGCGGCGGCGGCGGCACGGGCGAACGGCGCGUGCGCGUGGUGCGGCUGCUGCGCCCGCGCCGCGCCUCGCCUGCCUUCGGGUUCUCCCUACGCGGCGGCAAGGAGUACGCCACAGGCUUCUUUAUCUCUAAGGUCGAGUUCAACUCCGAAGCUCAUCUUCAAGGCUUGAAGGUGGGUGACCAGUUGGUUAGCGUGAACGGCUACCGGGUGGAUGAUGCCGUGCACUCGGAGCUCGUGCACUAUCUGGCCUCGCAGUCGCGGCUCAAAAUCAAAGUCCGACAUGUCGGAAUGGUGCCUAUAAAAGACAAAGCACACGAGCCGCUUUCGUGGCAGUUUGUGGCGGAGCGCGCGUCUCUGGGGUCGGACGUGUCGUCGUCCCCGACACUGUGUCACGACACCGAGCGCAUGAACGACCUGCGCCUCUCCAUCCUCGUGCCGCCGAGGGCCAAGCUUGGAUGCGGUAUAUGCAAGGGCCCGGAGUGGAAGCCGGGUAUCUUCGUGCAGUUCGUGCGGGAGGGUGGCAUCGCUCGCGAGGCGGGGCUGAGGCCCGGCGACCAGAUCCUCUCAUGUAAUGGACAGGAUUUCGCCAAUAUAUCUUUCAAUGAGGCUAUAUCAGCUAUGAAAGUGAGCGGUCGCUUGGAGCUGAUAGUCCGUGAGGGCGCGGGCAUCGAGCUGGUGUCUCCUGAGAGUUCAGGGUACAAUAGCUCGGCGUCGUCAGCUGCUGGGGAGCGCAGCCCCGCGCCGCCCGCACCGCUCGCGCCACUUGCGCCGCCAGCCGCGCUACGCAGGAGGCUCGCUAGUGUGGCUGAGGAAGCCGCUGAUAGGGCUGAUAGAUUAACGAUGAACAGACUGAAGAGGAGAACGUGGGACAGCUUGGACUUCGAUUGGAAGACGGGUGACAUCCACAACUUCGACGCCCCCUCCGACAUCGAGCCAGACUAUGACUGCCCCAGCAUCCCCAACAACCCGCACACCUUCGAGAGCAAGGCCACUAAGACUAAGAAAGAAUUCGUCACCACGCCAUCCAAUAGAACAAUCAUCAACUUAACAGAAGACGGCGCGACUAUACAGUGUAGUUACGAUAACCAAUCGCCUAGGAAACCAUUUUUAGCGAACCAAACCCACAGGGAUAGUGACAAGAAGACCAUAGUUGUUGAGGUGCAUCAUACGAGUAACACUACGUGUGCGAAGGCGCACCUUAACUUCCCUCCGCCCACCAAGAAAGAGUCGAGCGCGGACACAUCGAGCAUAGCCAGUUCAGCGACCUUAUCUAGUGCCAUUGCAGAAGAGAUCCAGCGGCGGAAAUUGAAUAAAAAGAGUUCGAAUACUGAAAGUAAUAAUAACGUAGCUAAUCCAGUAAAGAAGGCGAGCGCACCAAAACCCGUGGACAACGAUAAAAAGAAGCAGCAUGACGCCUUGAUGGACGAGUUCAAGAAGGUUCACAGGAAAAUGUUCGCCGGCCAAGAAAACAAAGCGGAGACAGCUGACAAAAACGAGAAAGCCGCCGACGCUGAAAGUUUGGACCGGCAGCCGACGCUGCCACUGAGGAAGGUCGAGCAGGCGCCGGCCGCAUACACAGCAAAUGGACAUUCUCAACCAAAGCGGGAAGCCGCAGACAAUCCGCCACCUCCCCCACCGAUGCCAACAUCGAACGGCGUACACAAUGGAGAAAACAAAGGCUUAGAGGACCAAAAAUCAACCCCAAAAAGAAUUAACUCGGAACUAGUUUUGAAUUCUAAUAACAACCUUAGAAAAAAUGGCACGCUUAUGCGGACGCCGACCCCAGAUUACAAUAACUCUAAAACAGAACCGUCGGCGCCGCCAAAACUGAAGAGUGUUAAUGGUGAAAAAGCUGAGCUAGACUCGCUUGAAUCUUUUAAACUGAAGAAUCCCUCGAAUAUACAACCACGGCCUCCAUCAAAUUAUUUUGUGAGAGCGCCGAAUGGCACGGCGACCAUGAAGAAGCAUGGGCGGCCAGUGUCGGUGACCAUCGGCGAGUACGCGAGCGGCGCCGGCGCGAGCGCGCGGCGGGAGCCCUCCAAGCUGGAGUUUCUCAACGGAGACAAGCCUGACGGCCCGCACGUACCCGACGACGUAUCCAUCUCCAACAGAUUACAAUCUGAACUAGCACUCACGCUGUCUAGAUCGAAUUUACGUAAGAAGACUGAAGCUAUGGACUUAAUCAAGCUUAGAAAGAGCUUGAAUUCAAACGACGACAGUGAUUCGUCUGUCGAUAAGAAUUUUCACGCCCGAUACGGCAACAACCUCCUGCCCCUGCCACCAUCAGUAAUGAUUCCUAAAGUUUCGAAAUUAAAACACUGAGCAACUGUUUUGGCAAACGCUAUCAUUGCAAUUGUUGACACUGGGCGAUAAUUUUACUAAACAAGCUACUUACCUACUGAAUUCUUAAUACAUUUAAUCGAAUUACUUUCACUUUUUGGUUAAAUCUUUCAACCAAAGUUAGGUACCUAUUUAACAGAAGAAGCAGGUGGAAUAUAACGUGCCACAGUUAUAAAACAUUAAUUUUAAAUAGCUAAAUAUUAUUUAAAAGGUUAGGUAUGUUAUGUAUGUACGUAGAAAUAAAAUUACUUCAAAAAUUAAGCUGUUACUUAGAAUACCCGUCUCGUAUAGUGUAUUAUUUCGUAAUUUAUUAGCAUGUCUUAUAACAAUUAUGAGUUGUGUUCGGUAGUUGAAUAUAUUCAAGAGAUGCCUAAGUCAUAUUAUAAACAAAUAUGUAAAUAAUUAUUCCAAUAAAAUUUUGGUAAAUAA